CCCUCUAGCUUGGGGUUUGUUGGUUUUCUUGAAAGUCAGCAGCUGCAGCAGAAAGCAGAGGUGCAAGGAAAAGUGUAAUAUCAGGAUUAUUCACGCGGACUAGACAGAUCUUCAGGACGGAGCCGUGGAUGAUAAUAAGGCUGAAACCGGGAAAAUAUGGGGUCAUCUUUUUUGUGCCACUCAGCUGAUGGUGAAGACGCUUCCUCUUGUAUGUUUUGGAUGAUUUCCGACGGCCAGGUCCGCGUAUUGACAUGAUCUAUUUUAGUGAUGGCGAAGGGUCUGUUUCCACGGGCCUGGGUGAAGAAGUCUUUCUACUUUCAGGCUCGGAUCUCUUUUGUGAGGGUGAAGUACCUGUUCCUCACAUGGCUGACUGUGUUGGUGGGCAGCUGGGUGAUCUACGUGCAAUACUCCGCCUACACAGAACUGUGCAGAGGACAUGAGUGCAAGAAAGCCAUUUGUGAUAAAUACAGGCGAGGGAUCAUCGAUGGCUCAGCCUGCAGCAGUCUCUGUGACAAAGAAACACUCUACAUGGGGAGAUGUCUGUCAACGCUACCAAACAACCAGGUGUACACAGGAGGCUGGGGGGAUCAUAGUGGGAUCAUCCGCUGUAAGCUGGGGGAGGUUGUUCACUACGAGCUGGGCGAGGAGCCGGAGCCCCGGAGAGAAGCCCCCGUCUUCGACAAGCCGACCAGAGGCACCUCAGUGGAGAAGUUUAAAGAGAUGGUGUUCAAUCACAUCAAGUCCAAGCUUGGAGAGCAGGCGAACCUUGCAAACCUUGUCGCCCAGGUGCUGUCUGUCGCCGAUGGCAACAGAGAUGGACGCGUGUCACUGCCAGAAGCCCGCUCCACAUGGGCCCUCCUGCAAAUGGACGAGGUGCUGUUCGGCCUGCUGCUCCAGGACCGUGGACACACUCCGCGUUUCCUCGGCUACUGUGGAGACCUGUACAUGACAGAGCGCAUCCCCUACGGGCCUCUGUAUGGCUUCUCAUUGCCUUGGCCUUUUGUUUCCUGGGUGCCCAGUGGUGUGCAGCGCACCAUGGAUCAGUGGUUCACCCCCUCCUGGCCUCGCAAAGCUAAGAUCUCCAUGGGCCUGCUGGAGCUUGUGGAGGACAUCUUCCACGGGACCUACGGCAGCUUUCUGAUCUGCGACCUCGCGGCAACGCAGUUUGGCUAUACCGACCGCCAUGAGCUCCGCCUGACCAGCACCCAGGCGGUGGUUCCCGAAGAUGAGUUCAGACGCACCAUGCGAGUGCUGAAGUGCAACACGGAUACCGACUGCGUGUACGGGGUGGACUGCCACACAUCAUGUAACCUGUCGGAAAAACGGUGCAGGGAGGAGCCAGCCCAGCCAAACCUGGCGAAGGCAUGUGGUACACUGAAGGAUUACCUCCUGCGUGGGGCCCCGUCGGAUAUCAGAGAGGAACUGGAGAGGCAGCUGUACGCCUGUAUGGCGCUCAGAGGUGAUGCUGGACAGAUGGACAUGGAGCACUCGCUUAUCCUAAACAACCUGAAAGCUCUUCUGUGGAGACAAAUCUCACACACCAAGGACUCAUGACAGUGAAAGGAUGUUCCUCUGAAAUCAUGCCAAUCAGUUCUUCAGGUAGAACUGAGUUAAAAAUAAAAAGAUGCUGUGAUUUAUGAGUAGCAUAUUUUAUUAAGUAACCUCUAUCAACUUCCGAAGGUCAAAGUGAUGGACCUACCUCCUCCAUUCCAUUUCUAUAGUUUGGGGCUUGGAAACCACUUGAGUGCUUUGAUAAGACUUAAAACGAAUGAUCACAUGUUACCUUCAGGCAAACUUAAAAAAUGGUUCAUGGAAACACAUCGUAAUGUUCACCACAGUUGAAUGUUAUGACAGAAAUCUUAGAAAAACUAUGUCCUGCUAUUGGUCCUAAUUGCUGUUUUUGCCACAAAAACAUGUCGAUUUUUGCUGGAUGUAAUGGUUUAUUGAUGAGUUUAUUCCAUUCAGGGCCCUCAUUUAUCAACUGUACUUAUUCACAGGUUUAUACCUUAGAACAUUUUCAUGUACCAACAUAGAAACUAAAACUAGAACUGCACGAUAUUAGGAAAACAUGUGAAAGUUGCAAUGACAAUGUGAUUUGUGAUAAAGAAAAUAUGUCACUUUGAUGUUUUCGCACGGAGAGUUCCACUCGCUGAACUCCCAUUCACGUCUGCUAACUUGUUUAGCUUUUCCUUCACUUAAUGUAAAUAGGGUUGUUUUAUCUGACGCUAGAUUUUGAGAACGCUUUGUAAAUCUCCUUGUGGUUGUACAGCAGCUGGCAGCAGAGAUUUGCUGUGUUUCCUCUGGCAGUUACUAGGGGGGGUAUUGCCCCAUUUUGCCAAAAUCGUUUUUAUUUGAUUGACAACAGCCUGAUUUGAUUUGAUUUUGAUUCAGUCCAGUUCUGUAUGAAUUCAUUUAAAGAUAUUUAUGUAAUACCAGUUUUUCUUGAAUGUUAAAGACAUUCUCAGAUAGCUGUUUUUAUAAACACUGAGCUCGUUUAUAUGACCAUCAAAAUCUGAUUUCUGGGAGUAAUCAGAUUACUGUAAUAAUCUGAUCUGACAGGUCUACAUGCACUUCAGAAAUACAGUAUUUGAAACAUCAUUGUCUACAUUUACCAGUCAUCGGAUUUUCGUGAGAGGUAAUAUGCAAUAUGUAUAUCUUGCUGGCUAAUAUCAUGAUAAAGGUCAAUUUUCUGAUAUAUUUUUUAGCCCUAACUGACACUGUGCAUAAAUGUAAGGACAGCUCUAGAGUCUAGUGGUAGACCAGGCAAUCUGGUGUUGCAACAAUCUCAACAUCCACAUGUCUUCUUUAUCUCCUCAAAAUAGGAUUUACUCAGUAUUUGCUUGAAAUAGAUGUGUUGUCAUAACAUACAUGAGGUGUUCGUGACAGACUUACCAUCACCAGUCUGACAUUAUGAGAGUUUUGUAAACAGGGAGCGCACCUCAAAGAGCACUUAUCCGCUUCCUAGAGGAGAUCCUGUUGGUUUAUGCAGCGACUUUUGGGGCUUCUGUUGCAGUAAGAUACUAACUGCAGAACUGUUCGUAGAUUUGGUCACAGACGUGGUAGGAGACGCAUUUCCCAACCGUCACUGAGCUGGAUUAUGUUAUCCGUGUUGGGUGCUGUUAUUUUCAUGGAUCCAACAAAAUUCCGUUUGUAACGGUGCUGAGAAAGUUUGCAUCAAAGUAGGGACAUAAAGCUUGAUAACGGUACAAUAUUGUAUCCAGUCAGUGGAAAAUGAUUCAGUGUUUGCAAAUAUCACAAAGUCUGCUAUGAUACAAUUUGGAUUCGACUGGAUCAGGAUCCAACAGUCAUACGAAACAAUAUCACAUGUUGAUUUAAAGCCUCCCUAAUGAGCUUUGGCAAAUUUUCACACUUUGGGGCCUCUAACAAUGGCUCAUUCAGCAUCCGUCUUCAUCCUGUCUCUUCUCUGAGAUCUCUCCAGCCAGUUAGAGUCAGUCUGAUAUUGACUCUUCUUUUAUCACUUGUGCUGUCUCUUGUUCUCUUACUUUUCCUCUUUAGUGUCUUUGGUGAAUCAGCCAUGAUUCAUGUUCAAAACAGCCAGUGUUGAUAUCCAGUUGCUGGUGUGUGGCAUUUUGCUAUAAAACAAAACUUAGCUGUAACAUGAUGCUCCAGGCUGAAACUCAAAGUUGUGCAGGGCAGUUUCUUAGCCUCAGGACUUCCUGCAGGGCAAUAACGUCGUCAGGAAUGUACAUAAUGAAUGUCACUGUCCAAUCACAACCAAGCAGUAAUGCAUUUUUAAGCCAUAAAGUUACAUAAUUCUACUUUAACAAAAUCUCUUCUGAUUAAAUCACAAAAAGUAGCUAAUGUGAAGUGGAGAAUAUGAAGAAUCGUCCAUGUUCAGCAGCUUCUGGACAGUCAGUUCCAGAUCAGUCCCCAGAACUGGGUCAGUUUUUUCAGUUUCUCUAAGUCUCUGUUUCUGGUUCUGCUGCCCCAUCAGAUGCAAAUCAAAUUGAACUCUCCUCCACAGACUGAUAGAUGAUAUGAAACAUCAUGGUGCAGACACUGGAGGAGCUCAGCUUCCUCCAGAUGUCUGAAAAGAGUCUGCUCUGUCCCUUCUGCUAGAUGCUUCUGGGUUGGAUUUCCAGUUUAGUCUGAUGAACUCCAAGGUAUCUGUAUUCCUCCACUACCUCCACCUCUUCUCCCUGGAUGUAAACAGGGUUUUGUUUAGUACUUUUGCUUCUAAAAUCAACAACUCUUUUUGUUCUUUUUGUUUGUUUCUCUGGUCUCCCACAACUGCAGAGUAAUCAAGAGUAUUUCUGCAGAUGACAGGAAGUCUGAGGUGUACAGUGUGAAGAAAAAUGGUGAGAGUACAGUCCCUUGUGGUGCUCCAGUGCUGCUGACCACCAUCUGAGACACACAAGCUUUCAGUCUAACAAACUGGUCUGUUAGGUGGUCAUAAAUCCAGGUGGUUGUGGAGGUAUCCACCUGGAAUUUAUGGGACUAUAAAGAGAUGCUUUGUUAGCAUAUACAGAUAAUUGAGGGUGUUUUUAAAUCCCAUUAAUGCAUGAUGAUGGUGAUUGAAUGACUGGCACAUGUUUGAUAAAUACUCAUAUUUCUUCUGUACUUUCUAAUGUUUCGUUUUGCUUCAGAUGAAUUGUAAAACAUUUUCUACAGAAGGUUGAUAAAUGAGGGCCCUUCGUUACAAACUAGUGACCAAACACUCUCACUAUAAGUGUAAUUAAAACCUAGUUUUGUUGUUUUGAAAAAGCAUAACAAAAUCAGGAAAUUUCCUUUUUAAAGAGUAAUGCUGACAGUAUUAAUUCUUUUAAAACAAAUUCACUGAAAGGACCAAAACCAACAGUGCACUAAUUUGCUUCUUCUUUUUUAUUUCUUUUCCUUUUUACUACAGUCCCUGAACUCAACGGUGCCAAAUUAUAGAAGCAUUUAAAAAGACUAAAUAAUUUCCUACAACAGCUGCACUUGGCAGUAAAUUUGGUUUUUUGGUAUUUUUGUGGGAAUGCUUAAAGAAAAACAGAUUAUUAAAGAAAUCCAACUUAAACAUGUUCAGAUUAGUGACACUUUACAGGAAAAAAAACAACUUUUGAAAUUACUAAAGCUUCCUUCAGACUCUAGGGGGUACAGUUGAAUAAACAGAAAUAUUUAUUGCCUUGAUUAUUUUAUUUAACCUCAACUAAAUAUAUUAAAGAAAAAUGGUGAGGGUGGGGGUUUGUAAGGUUUUAGGAAAAGGAUUCAACCACACUAGAAAGCUGUGGUGUGUGAUUCUUCAAACUUCUACUUCACCCAAUGUGUUCUUAUGUCAUGUUUCAGAGCUUAUAUUAGAAAUAUGAGGUCGUACCUUUAAAACACUAAUUUAUACAAUGGCUGACGAUUGAGGAAUCCCAAUUAGCACAGCCAUGAAAAAAAUGAGAUGUUGCUUUGAAUGUUGGUGAUGCAAAGAAUUGUAUGAAAGCAAUUUGUUCUCAUGCUAAAAGGUAAAGGAAGCGACCGAUUUGGGAUCACAGCUGAUAACUUCCUGGUCACUGCAGUGGAGAAAACUAAAAAUGAUGUAGAAUGAACUCUUUGGAAUUCCAAAAUGGUGGUCCCAUUUUCACACAUCCAAAUGAGGAUCAGCUUCAAGGUGGACGGUGAAGUCAUGCGUACUGUGUAUCAUUUUUUUUUAUCACUUUACUGGGCAUUUCCAGCUCAUCACAUCUCUGCUGCAUUAAUGACACAAUGAAAUUAAUGUUCUUCACUUUGUGAAUGUUAGCUGCUCGUAUAUCUCACUGAGAAGAGAAUCUGCACUAUUGUGUAAUAAUUAUUAUGGGUUUUACAUCAGAGUGCUAUAGAUGAAGUUAUUUGAUGAAUGUUUGCCCCAUGAUAACAUUCAAUGCUGUACAAAGUAUUUUCCAUCAUCCUCUUCCAUGUGUUGCUGGAAUGAACUUAGCUGACAUCUUGUCUCCUUCAAAGACUUAAAUGUAGACAGACACGAUCUCCACAAGCAUGUCAAGCUUCUGGUCGCUGCUGCCGUUUUGAAAAUGUAUAAAAUGUUUACUGAAUGAAGAAACCAGCAUGACUUUGCACAAUUAAAUGGUGCACCUCCUCACUGGAAACUUGUGCAAUCUUUUUGAAGACUAAGAUUUAAGAGGAUUAAAGAUUAUUACAGGAAAUCAAAUAUACUUCACUCAUCCCUGUGGGAAAUUGGAAAUACAGUAUGUGAAGUAUAUAUACACAUAUAUACUGUAAUAUAUAUGACAUAUACUCAUAUACAGUAUAUGUAUACAUACACUUGUUAUAUAUAUGUAUGUAUGUGUAUAUAUAUAUAUAUUAAUGUGUAUAUAUGUACGUGUAUAUGUAUAUAUAUAUAUAUAUUAAUGUGUAUAUAUGUAUGUGUAUAUAUAUAUAUAUGUGUGUGUGUAUAUAUAUAUAUAUAUAUACACAUACAUACACACAUAGUAUCUCACAAACAUGAGUGCACCCUUCAAAUUUCAGCAACCAUUUUAUUCUGAGUCAGUGUACAUCUUGUAUAGCAGUUUGUACUUUUACUGUAUUACUCAAGACACAGCCAGUUUUGUAAAUAGCUGGCAACACGAGUAUACUCAAGUGAUACAUGUACAUGUUCAACUAUGAACAGCCACCUGUUUUAUUCAUCAAGUGUUUACCUGCUUGACUGGACCCUUUAAAUAUGUUUAUCAGGGAUUAAAGGUGUUAAGUUUGGUGCUUUUGGUACAUUUCUAUUAUUUUGACCACUGGAUGUUCAACAUGGUGCAUAUCAAAGAUCUCUGGAUUUAAGACAUAGAAUUGUGGCUCUCCACAAAGAUGGCCUCCUAGAUAAGAUUGGCAACACCCUGAAACUGAACGACAGCAUAGUGGCCAAGAUCAUGCAGCAGUUUUCCAGGACAGAUUCUAGUCAGAACUGGCCUCACUUCCUGCAGCUUCAGUCUGUCAUUGAUUUGACCACACGCUGCACACUGCGUCAUGUCGAUCUGCAUGGAUGUCGUACCAGAAGAAAGCUUUUCCUGAAGCUGGAUCACAAGAAAAUCCACUGGCAUCAGAAGUGGCUCUCUGGUGAGGAGUAAGAUCAACA